AUGACUUCGCCUAUCACCGAUCUCACAAACGUCCAGGGAGACAUUCUUCUCAAUGGCCUAUCGAAGGAAGUUGAGACCUUCUGGUUCUUCUCAAUUCCCGACGGUCAGGUCGGCACUUUCUGCUCCAAUCUCCGUCAGGUGGCCCAGCAAGAGAUCACAUCGACUGAGAAUAUGCGCACUACCCGAAAGAACAUCAAAGACUGGAAAGCAGAUCCUGCCACCACGGGUCUAGUCCCAGUGGUCGGAGCCAACAUUUCCUUCACCUUCAAAGGCCUGCAGAAGGUCAGUCACUAACCUUUCCUUGGCGGGCAAAUUGGCUAACGACAGCAGAUGUCCAGCCAAUUGGGCGGUCUUCAAUUGAACACAGGGGACAGUGUCUUCGAGCAGGGCAUGAGAACGGACUCUACCCAGUCGCUGUCGGACCCCAUCAAACCAGGCACGUCAGACCCGGACUGGGAUGCGCAGUGGCUCAACAAUCAACUUGACGGCGUUCUUAGUGUUGCUGGCAGUGACACCAACAUCGUUCAGGACAAGAUCAAUCGCAUCACGAACCUGUUCGGCGGCUCUGUGAAACUUGCUUUCAGUAUUGAUGGCAAGACUCGCCCGGGACAAUUCCGUGGAAAAGAACAUUUCGGAUACCAAGACGGCGUCUCUCAACCUGUCGUUGGAAAUCUCCCUGACCUGACAAAGGAAGAAGCCUUUGUGCCUCCUGGUCAGGACAUCAUUGAUCAAGGAACCAUUCUCUGCGGCCGCCCAGGUGAUCUACGAGCACAGAACCGCCCGGCCUGGAUGGUUGAUGGCAGCUUCCUCGUCUUCCGCAAACUCAAGCAAAACGUUCAAGACUGGAACAAGUUCCUCGUCGACUCGUCCAACUUGCUCGGGACCUGGUCCGACCAGCUCGGCGCGCGUCUCAUCGGACGCUGGAAGAGCGGAUGUCCCGUCAAUCUUCAAGCCGACUUCGACGACACGGCAAUCGGCAAAGAUCCGAUGCGCAACAACCUCUUCGACUUCGACCCGCCCGGCCUGAACAACCAAUUCGUCGAUGUCAACAAGGCCGGCGCACGCAUCAUCUGCCCCAUUGGCGCGCACAUCAGGAAAACCAAUCCACGCGGAGACCAGCCCAGCAGAGGCAGGGCAGACGUCAUCCCCCAUCGUAUCCUCCGUCGCGGGAUCCCGUACGGACCCGAGAUUAGCGAGAAUGCUCAAGCGGAACGCGGUCUCCUCUUCGCCUGCUAUCAGAGCAGCAUCGAGCAAGGUUUCCACUUCAUCCAGACGGCGUGGGCGAAUAGCCCCUUCUUCCGCUUCCAGGGAGCUGGCGUCGACGCCGUCAUGGGACAGCAGAACAAUCCCGGCACUAUUGGCAUGAAAGGCCUCUUCCCGCAGGAUGCCAGCCGAGAACUGCAGCUUCCCGCUGUCAAUCGCUUUGUCGUUCCUCGUGGUGGAGAAUACUUCUUCACCCCGUCGAUUGCGGCUCUGACUGGCCCGCUGUCGAGUGUGCGUUAA